UGCUUGUGCGACAGCAGCACUGCCAGUAGCCGCUUUGCCGGUAACGUUGUGUGGAUGAACAUAUGUUUUUAUCGAGUGUUUGCCUUUUAAUACCGAAGAGAAAAGGACAUGAAAAGAUUUAGGCUAUACAAAAGAUGAACCUGGCGGGUCCAGGACAACUAUUUCCGCCGAGAUCUCUUCUGCAUAAGAGGAUAAGCUAAUUCAAAUAGACCCGGAAGUGCUGUUGAAGCUCCCAGAAGCUGAUAACACAAUGAGUGCUAAAUAUGGCCUGACUGGCUACAACAACAGUUCACGGAAGCACAUUUCAAUCUCCAUCACAUCGUCUACGGAAGUGAUGUCGCCACACAUAAAGUCUGUGGAGGAGCUAAAAGUUCUUGGAAUCAACCUGAGCAGCUUCAGUGCCCCCACACAGUUUUUAAUUUGUGUAGCAGGAGUAUUUCUCUUUUACCUCAUCUAUGGAUACCUGCAGGAGUUGAUAUUUUCUGUGGAAGGAUUCAAACCUUUUGGUUGGUACCUCACACUGGUCCAGUUUGGCUUCUAUUCCAUGUUUGGAUUAGUGGAGCUUCAACUCACACAGGACAAACGCAGAAGAAUACCAGGGAAGACCUACAUGAUUAUAGCCUUUUUAACAGUGGGGACCAUGGGCCUGUCCAAUACCUCCCUGGGUUAUUUAAACUACCCCACACAGGUCAUUUUCAAGUGCUGUAAACUCAUCCCUGUCAUGAUAGGAGGAGUGUUUAUACAAGGUAAACGGUAUAAUCUUGCUGAUGUUUCUGCCGCAUUGUGCAUGAGUCUUGGACUCAUCUGGUUUACGCUUGCAGACAGCAAAGUGGCACCAAAUUUUAAUGUAACAGGUGUUCUCCUCAUCUCCCUGGCUCUGUGUGCGGAUGCUGCCAUUGGAAAUGUACAAGAAAAAGCCAUGAAGCUUCACAACGGCUCCAACUCUGAAAUGGUGCUGUAUUCAUACUCCAUUGGCUUUGUCUACAUCCUGACAGGCCUGGUCUGUGUGGGCGGACUGGGGAGAGCAGUGGCCUUCUGCUCAGAGCAUCCUGUCAAGACGUAUGGUUACGCAUUUCUUUUCUCACUUACGGGUUACUUCGGCAUCUCCUUUGUCCUGGCCUUGAUCAAGCUGUUUGGAGCGCUGGUUGCAGUGACAGUGACCACUGGGAGAAAGGCCAUGACUAUUGUGCUGUCCUUCAUGUUCUUUUCAAAGCCUUUUACCUUUCAGUACAUUUGGGGCGGCCUCCUGGUUCUUUUAGGCAUUUUCUUGAACAUUUACAGUAAAAACAAAGAUAAAAUGAAGCUUCCCUCCAUCAAGGACCUGAGGAGCUGGCUGAUGACAGGAAAGAAAGGCCGCCUUCUCUCACAGAACGUGUAAGAGGCUGCCGGGGGGGUUGUGGAGGUCAUACACAGGCAAACUGUCCUUCCAUGCGGACAGGAGGUUGGACUCCCCUGUAUCAGGGGAAAUCCUGAAGAAAGGGGCGGAGCUAUUGGACACAUCACUAACAACACUGAGCCGAGGAUGUGGACUCAAGGUUUGAGGACCAAUCAGCUUUGCUAACAGUGACAAAACUGAAAAACACUAGCAGAUGAUGAUGAAGUGUCUGUACUGUGCCGCUCCUGUAUGUACACCACGGGUAUAGAAGGGGCUGAAGUUUUUAGUAACGUGAAUCAUGAACUAUUAAGUUCUUCAGAGCCCUUCGGGAAACAUUCCUAACACGGAGGACAACGUCUUGAGCUUUAACACUCAAGUCUGCGCCUUAUCAAACCAAAUCGCACAGUUUUGCACUGGAAAUAAUUUGUGCACU